AUGUGGAGCAGUUUUGUCGGGGUCUGGUGCCUUGAUGAGCGGUUCUUGGUAUCCUUCCGUUUUGAUCCGAGGGUUUGCCAGCAGAGUCCACCCAAUUAUGAUGAAUUAGACACCCCAUACAUAAUGGCGACGGAAGUCAAUCAAACUUAUUUUUCGUUGUCACAAGGAGAAUCUACUGAACGGGAUGGUCCUCAAGGAGUAUCUGUAUCUCAGACACUUGAUCAUGGUUCCAUUUCCUUCGGAAGAUUUGAGUUAGAGUCACUAUCGUGGGAGAAGUGGUCUGUAUUUACUAAUGACAGACGCACUGAAGAAUUUGGAAAAUUCAAUGGUUUAGUCGCUCAGAAAAAGGCUUAUUUUGAAGAGUAUUUCAAGAAGAUCAGGGAACUAAAGGCUUCACAGCAGCAAAACCAGCAAACUGAACUUAUUCUGGAAUACAGUGGUGAUGGUAGUGACUCUAGCCAGACAGCAGAAGAUGAGCAGGGUGCUGAUCUUGAAACCCCCACUGGAUCUGGAGCUUCUGUGGAUGUUUAUGUUGAAGAAGCUCUGCAUGAAACUACGUCAGAGCACGGACUGCAGUGCUAUAAUGACCAAGGAAACAAAAACUUCGAUACAGAACUUUCCUCAUCUAAUCUUUCUUCAUCAGGUGUCCUGCAGCAAACUGACCAUGAUGUUAGAGGAACUGUUCGUGGUAACAGUUCUACCAGUAAAAUGGAUGCAGGGAAGCAGAAUGCCGGUUCUGUUCAUGGUGAUACUAGAACAACAUAUGAAGCUGCAAGGACUCCUAGAAGAAUUAUUGAGAAAGACUCCAGGCUCAAACACAGUCCCAAGAUAAUACCGAAAUCCAUCAAAACCCUUUCAAAAAGUGCUAUGGACUACACAUUUGCUAGUGAGAGGCCUGGUUCAGUGAAGCCCAAUACAAGUAUGAACCAGAAGGCUAAGCCGGUGCAAAGGCCAAAUGCAGCAGCCCAGAAGAUGUUUGGCCCUACAGAAGGGAGCAAGCUUACAGGUCUCAGAAGACCUUCCUCAGCAGGUGCGCAACGGCCCUCUACUGGAGAGCGACAUGCCAUUGCCAGGGAGAAUUCACAAUUGCCUGCAGUUGUUUCCACCCCACGACGACCUUCCACUGCUGAGAGAUGCCCAAUCACCCGAGAUCAUGCACAGAAGCAAGCCAAUGUCACCACACCACGUCGACCUUCUACUUCUGAAAGACUCCCCGUCAAAAGAGAGAAUGCAGCAAAGCAUAAUGAUAUUUCCGCUGUACGUCGACCCUCUACAGGAGAGAGGCGCGCUAUUACUAGAGAUAGUGUUCUGAGAACGGAUGUGAAGACGCCUUGUAAGGCAAGAGCAACUGUGGCUCAUCCGAAGGGUGAAACAACUACAGUGGGCAAUACGAAAAAGGCUGUCACUCCAAAUGCUGCUAGAAGUAGCAAGCUGGAAACAAAAAGCAAUAACAACAGACUGAAGGGACCUUCGGCAUUGGAUAGGCACUCUACUAGGUCAAAAAGAAUGGACUUGCAAGUGUCUGGCAGGCAGAAAUCGAGUUCUGUUAACCUUCCUCCAAGGAAAAUUUUCAGUUCUACUGCCGGAGAACCAGCAGUUGAAACCAUUUCUAGGUCAAAAAAGAAAGAGGGCGUUCAGGCGACAGUGCAAUCUCGAGCAUCCACUUCAAAGAGAACAACAACUCCUUUGCAGACUGGAAACUUAAAGGCGAGGGCUCCAAAUGGCUUCAGCACCACAAUGGCACUGAUGAAGUGGAGAGCAGAAAGCGUUCAGCCUAGUGGCCUGCAGAACAUGAUGGAUCUGAGCGACGUCAAUACCGGCAUUCUUUUGUAUGGUGUAUCUCAGUAUAUCUGUAAAAAUCUCAGUACCUCCGUUGGCCCGUCUCUUCCUUUGCAGAGCAGCUAG